CAAAUCUUUCACGAUCGAGUCGUAUUUUCACAUGGAAAAUGGAUGAAAAGCAGAAGAUCGAAGAAUCCCAUUUCCUCAUCUCGUGCCGGCAGUUUAUGAUCGGUUUAUCCUUGACCGGAUGUUAUCCUUGGUCGAUUCCUCGAAAUUGGGACAAACGCCCCAGAUUCGUCAUAUGGCCUAUUAUAAUAAUGUUGUUCGUCCUCCUUUUGAAUGUGGUGAUGGCAGUGUAUUUGCUGUACCAUUAUCUGCAGGCCAUAACUCGAGCAAACGACAAACUGGACGUAACCUUGCAUAUGCUGUCCAAUGUGCAGUAUUUAUUUGUGGCAUUUCUGGCGCUUCCGUUGAAUGCCUAUACCAACCGGCAUCUGUACGACUGCGUGGUGGCACUCGAUAGAAUUCUCCUGCCGUCCACAUAUCCGCGUAUCAUACAGAUCAAAAAGCACAUCCUCGGUCAGGCUUCGCUGCUCAUUGCGGCCGUUGUAGUGAUGUACUACCUGAAGAUCUAUCCCGCCAUUGGCCUGUACGAUACAUUAUUCGGAAUCAAAAUCCCCGGAGCCCCUUGGAUGUUUUUCAUGCAGUUCAUAUUGACCAACGCCAUGUUCUCCCGACUGGCAUCGGUGUGUGCGUUCUGUUUUCUGGGUCUCACUAGCGCCGUACAGUUUCGAGCCUGCUACCAGCAAAUAAAGGAACAUGUGGACGUGGAGCUGACAGAUUUGUCCAGCAUUAACACUGCUCUCCACCGGCAUCUGGAGUUAUCGCGGAUUCAUGCGCACCUGGACACUGUUUUCGCCCCGGCCACCCUGUUCUACUGCACCACGGAUGUGACUAUCUUAAUCUUUUUGCUGAACUUCGUUCUCAAUUUUAAAAUGGACACUGCACUGGGAUUGUACUCUAUGGACCGUGUAGAGCACCGGUUUAUAUCCCUCAUCGGUGGAAUCGGUAGCGUGAUGCUGCUGCUGAUUAAAGUGGGCGUAUCUUGUUACCUUCAUGAUCAGGCGCAUUCGGUCGUCCCCAUUCUUUAUCGUUUAUUGCACCGCAUGGAGAAUUCCGCCGUUGAACAAGAGGAACGCUCAAAAACGAAAGGCUGGAGAGCGUUAUGCACGCUGACGGUGCAGCGCUUACGCGAUUUUCCCAUCGAAUUCUCGGGAUGGGGACUGUUUACUCUCGACAAACAGCUGAUUGCCACCAUUGUCGGAUUGUCCGUGUCGUAUUUGCUGGUGAUGAGUGAGAUGGGGAAGAAAGAUGCCACCAUCUGUAACUGCACUGCUAUUGCUUGUGCGAGAACUUCCGGGUAGCGCACCGAAAGCGAGAUACCGGAGAACACGAUGGGUGCUGGAUGGUGUUUUAACUUUACAGACAUUUCGGCUUUCCCUUUCACAAAACUACAAAGGACAUACCAGAAAUUUUUAUCCCUAUUAUAUAUAUUUUCCCGCAAACUCU